GAAACCUAGAGGAGUUUCCCGCUCUCCGUGCGCGUGGCCUUCCCCAGGCCCCUCCGGGAGUGCUGGCGCGCGAGUGCAGGGGUGCCCCGGGAACGUCGUGACCCCAAGGGGGUCUUGUGGUUUAAGGAGCGAACGGAACCGGCCAGGCGAUGCCAGCUGAACCCGCCUUCCCGGGACGCACGUGCAUCCGGCCGCCCGGCGCUGUCGUCUUGGGGAGCCCGCGGGUUCGGGUCUGGGUCGCCUGGCGAGCUUUCCGCCGAGCGCCUCUGAGUUCUACAGAGCCCCGACGGCUUGCGAUCUGCGCUCCCGGCAGUCCCUUACCUUGCGGGAGAGGGCUCCAGGGCGAAGCGAGGGGCCAAAAGCAAGGCGCUGGGCCGCCUGCGUCUGCCGGGGCCUCGGGUCCACGGCUUUCUGGAAGAUUCGGCGGCGGAGCGUGCGCGCCCCAGGCCAGACAGGGCCUGUGCCAGACGGAGAGUCCCUUCCAGUAGGUGACUCCCGCGACCCGCGGAGGAAGGUGCUGCUCCGCUCACGGCGGCGGCUUCUUACAAGGUCCCAGCAUGCCUUCUGAGACCCCCCAGGCAGAAGUGGGGCCCACAGGCUGCCCCCACCGCUCAGGGCCACACUCGGCGAAGGGGAGCCUGGAGAAGGGGCCCCCAGAGGAUAAGGAAGCCAAGGAGCCCCUGUGGAUCCGGCCCGAUGCUCCGAGCAGGUGCACCUGGCAGCUGGGCCGGCCUGCCUCCGAGUCCCCACAUCACCACACUGCCCCGGCAAAAUCUCCAAAAAUCUUGCCAGAUAUUCUGAAGAAAAUCGGGGACACCCCUAUGGUCAGAAUCAACAAGAUUGGGAAGAAGUUCGGCCUGAAGUGUGAGCUCCUGGCCAAGUGUGAGUUCUUCAACGCGGGCGGGAGCGUGAAGGACCGCAUCAGCCUGCGGAUGAUUGAGGAUGCUGAGCGCGACGGGACGCUGAAGCCCGGGGACACAAUUAUCGAGCCGACAUCCGGGAACACCGGGAUCGGGCUGGCCCUGGCUGCGGCAGUGAGGGGCUAUCGCUGCAUCAUCGUGAUGCCAGAGAAGAUGAGCUCCGAGAAGGUGGACGUGCUGCGGGCACUGGGGGCUGAGAUUGUGAGGACGCCCACCAAUGCCAGGUUCGACUCCCCGGAGUCACACGUGGGGGUGGCCUGGCGGCUGAAGAACGAAAUCCCCAAUUCUCACAUCCUAGACCAGUACCGCAACGCCAGCAACCCCCUGGCUCACUACGACACCACCGCUGAUGAGAUCCUGCAGCAGUGUGAUGGGAAGCUGGACAUGCUGGUGGCUUCAGUGGGCACGGGCGGCACCAUCACGGGCAUUGCCAGGAAGCUGAAGGAGAAGUGUCCUGGAUGCAGGAUCAUUGGGGUGGAUCCCGAAGGGUCCAUCCUCGCGGAGCCGGAGGAGCUGAACCAGACGGAGCAGACAACCUACGAGGUGGAAGGGAUCGGCUACGACUUCAUCCCCACGGUGCUGGACAGGACGGUGGUGGACAAGUGGUUCAAGAGCAACGACGAGGAGGCGUUCACCUUUGCCCGCAUGCUGAUCGCGCAAGAGGGGCUGCUGUGUGGUGGCAGUGCCGGCAGCACGGUGGCGGUGGCCGUGAAGGCCGCGCAGGAGCUGCAGGAGGGCCAGCGCUGCGUGGUCAUUCUGCCCGACUCAGUGCGGAACUACAUGACCAAGUUCCUGAGCGACAGGUGGAUGCUGCAGAAGGGCUUUCUGAAGGAGGAGGACCUCACGGAGAAGAAGCCCUGGUGGUGGCACCUCCGUGUUCAGGAGCUGAGCCUGUCAGCCCCGCUGACCGUGCUCCCGACCAUCAGCUGUGGGCACACCAUCGAGAUCCUCCGGGAGAAGGGCUUCGACCAGGCGCCCGUGGUGGAUGAGGCGGGGGUAAUCCUGGGAAUGGUGACGCUUGGGAACAUGCUGUCGUCCCUGCUUGCCGGGAAGGUGCAGCCGUCAGACCAAGUUGGCAAAGUCAUCUACAAGCAGUUCAAACAGAUCCGCCUCACGGACACGCUGGGCAGGCUCUCGCACAUCCUGGAGAUGGACCACUUCGCCCUGGUGCUGCACGAGCAGAUCCAGUACCACAGCACCGGGAAGUCCAGUCAGCGGCAGAUGGUGUUCGGGGUGGUCACCGCCAUUGACUUGCUGAACUUCGUGGCCGCCCAGGAGCGGGACCAGAAGUGAAGUCCGGAGCGCUGGGCGGUGCGGAGCGGGUCCGCCACCCUCGCCCACUUCUCCUUCGCUUUCCUGAGCCCUAAACACACACGUGAUUGGUAACUGCCUGGCCUGGCACCCGUUAUCCCUGCAGACGGCACGGAGCAUCCGUCUCCCCUCGUUAACACAUGGCUUCCUAAAUGGCCGUUUACGGCCUAUGAGAUGAAAUAUGUGAUUUUCUCUAAUGUAACUUCCUCUUAGGACGUUUCACCAAGCAAAUAUUGAGAGAGAAGUCGGCCAGGUAGGAUGCACACAGGCAAUGACUGGGCAGAGUGGAUUAAAGGCAAAAGAAGAGUCCAGGAAGGGGGCGGGGAGAAGCCUGGGUGGCUGAGCAUCCUCCACGGGCAGCGCCGUCUGCUCGGGGCUGAGCUGGCGGGAGCAGUUUGCGUGUUUGGGUUUUUUAAUUGAGAUGAAAUUCAAAUAACCUAAAAAUCAAUCACUUGAAAGUGAACAAUCAGCGGCAUUUAGUACAUCCAGAAAGUUGUGUAGGCACCACCUCUGUCACGUUCCGGAACAUUCUGUCAUCACCCCGUGAAGCAAUCAUUUCCCCUCCCGUCUCCCUCCUCCCCUGGCAACUGCUGAUCGACUUUGUGUCUCUGUUGUUUAAAUAGGUUUUCCCUGUUCUGGACAUUUCCUAUAAAUGGAAUCACACAA